AUGGCCGUCCGAUGUGUGCUGGUGUGGAGCCUGCUGGUGGUCGCCACCGCAUCCGCCGCGGGAGUCUACGAAAGACCCGCAUACAUUCUGCCCUGCCGACGAAACGAUCCAGAGAUCAACAAAUGCAUCCGGAACUCGCUGAACUUCGUCAAACCGUACGUUUCGCGCGGGCUGCCAGAGCUCAAGACACCACCACUCGAACCGCUGCGCAUCGAGGAGCUGGCGAUGGAAAACAAUGCCGGUGCCGUGCGGAUAAAGGCCCUGUUCACGGACAUCGUGGCGCAAGGUGCCGGUAACUACACGAUCAAGGAGGUGCGCAGCGAUCUGAAGAAGCUACGCAUUGACAUGAGCAUCGCCAUUCCGCGGGUAGAGUCACGCGGCAAGUACGAGGUGAUCGGCAAUGUACUGCUGCUUCCAGUGCGAUCGAACGGCGAGUUCUGGACGGAGUUCUCUGACAUCACCGCCAUUGCCAAGAUCUAUGGUAAAACUGUCGAACGGGACGGAGAAUCGUUUAUGGGCAUCGAUAAGAUCAAUGUCGACUUUACGAUGAAGAACGCUCGCUUCAAGGUGAAGGAUCAUGUUAACACGCAGAACGUGCUGGGUGAAGCAAUCAAUCAGUUCCUCAACCAGAACGCGAACGAACUGAUCCAGGAGAUGAGACCGGCGGCCUCCCAAAGCAUUGGCAAGCUGUUCCGGAAGUUCUUGAACGAUGCCUUCACCAACCUGCCGACGCGGUUGUGGCUGCUGGACGACUAG